ACUUUUGACCCCGGAAGUUCCCCCGUCGCCCCUGGAGGCUCACUUCCGGUUAGGCGGCAGAGUUUGUUUACGUUUCACACAGAUCUAGGCGUUCCCUUCUGCAGCUGGGAUUCCAAGAUGGGGAAGUCCUUCGCCAACUUCAUGUGCAAAAAGGACUUUCAUCCUGCCUCCAAAUCUAAUAUCAAGAAAGUAUGGAUGGCAGAACAGAAAAUAUCAUAUGAUAAGAAGAAACAAGAAGAAUUAAUGCAGCAGUAUCUUAAAGAACAAGAAUCAUAUGAUAACAGAUUGCUUAUGGGAGAUGAACGUGUAAAGAAUGGCCUUAAUUUCAUGUAUGAGGCCCCACCAGGAGCUAAAAAGGAAAACAAAGAGAAAGACGAAACAGAAGGAGAGACAGAAUACAAAUUUGAAUGGCAGAAGGGAGCUCCACGUGAAAAAUAUGCCAAAGAUGAUAUGAAUAUCAGAGAUCAGCCCUUUGGUAUUCAGGUUCGAAAUGUGAGGUGCAUUAAGUGUCAUAAAUGGGGUCAUGUCAACACAGAUCGAGAGUGUCCUUUGUUUGGUCUUUCUGGAAUCAACGCAAGUUCAGUUCCCACUGAUGGCUCAGGGCCAUCAAUGCACCCCUCGGAGCUAAUAGCGGAGAUGAGAAACAGUGGGUUUGCACUGAAACGAAAUGUACUGGGGAGAAACUUGACCGCAAAUGAUCCAUCACAGGAGUACGUUGCAAGUGAGGGUGAAGAAGAUCCAGAAGUUGAAUUCUUAAAGUCACUAACAACCAAACAAAAACAGAAACUUCUCAGGAAAUUGGACAGGCUUGAAAAGAAAAAUAAGAAAAAGAAAAAAGACAGAAAAAAUAAAAAGUUACACAAGGGCAGAAGUAAACACAAAAAACAUAAACACAAAUCAUCCUCUUCCCCCUCUUCCUCCUCUUCUUCCUCUUCCUCCUCUUCCUCCUCUUCCUCUUCUUCCUCUUCCUCUUCAGAGACUUCAGAAAGCAGUAGUGAGAGUGACAAUAAAGGAAAGAAAAUAGAAAAGAAAAACAAGUGUUUAGGAAGUCACAACAGUGCUUCUGAAGAGAAGUCUAAGAAGAGAAAACUUUCUGAAGAGCCCUCAAGCAGUCACAGUAACAAGGAAAUGCCUAGGUUUCUAAAACAAGAGAGUUCUGGGGAGAAUAGCAGAUGGAGCCGGUCUACUUCUGACCGGAAGUGCAGAAGCCGCCGUCUUUGCCCAGAGAAGGGAGGAGCUGAAAGAAAUGAGGGAAGCCGCAGCAGGAUCAAGAGGAGAAGAAGCCGGAGCCGGAGUCCUGCUAGUUACAAGCAAAGGGAGCUAAGGAGACAGUCCCAGUGGAGUCCCAGGGAAGGGCGGAAUAGAACAAGUGACACCAGGAGCCAUGGCUCAGAUAGAUACAGAGAGAAAGAGCGCACAGAGGGCACUGAGGAGAUAAGCGCUGAAGGGACAUGGAGAAUGAAGCAGAAGUAGGGAGAGAAUAAAGAGACCGUGUGUGACAGUUACCUGCAAUAAAUAUAUCUCUACUUUUCUUAUUGAAUACUGUACCUUUAGCAAAGGCUAAAGUAUGUACUGCCAUCUUUCUAAUAAAGCACUAUUUUGGUUUCCCAUCUCUCUAAA